GAGUUUAGGAGUUUAAUUUGGGUGUACACGACAUCAAACCGGGGAACACCGAGUUGUGGUGCGAAGUGGAGCUACGAAGAUAGCAUUGUAUCUAAAAAUAGAACAAGAGGGGUCCGGACAAUGAAGCUCAUAUAUCGGGUUCCUUUGAAAGCAUUCAAAAGACACCAGAUUGACAUUGAAUUGGAUGUUUACAAUGUCCGGUUUAGCGAAUAA